AAAUAAUUUAGUGCAUAAUACAAGUUGAAUUUAGAUUUUAGUGAUUUUUUUUUUUAAAUAGAAAGUUUGUGGUAAAAUAGUUUUUGGUUGCUGACAAUGAAAACCCAAAAGCCAAAUAAUAUUGGGAAAAACUCUGGAAGAAGGAUAAUAAGACAUUCGAAUAAUAGAGUGAAAGACCAAGAUCAUGUAACUGAAAUGCUAAAGCUGUGCUUACAAAAAAUCUGCGAACUUCAAGCCGAAAUGGAGCGAGAAGCUGAAACUAUUCACGAUCCCGAAGCUGAAGGGUACGCUGCUUGUGCAACGGAAACACUGAGGUUUCUAUCCUCGCAAGGCCUUCCACCGGAUCAUCCAAUGGUAAAAAUGCUUUCUGAAAGACUACUACGCGACAGGGACGAUAAUUGACUAAUGACUACCCAAAAUCUUUCAAGUCAAUUCUAGUCAUUAUAGUAUAAAGGAUUGAAGAUAUUUAGCACUAAGCAAUAAGUGCCUUGAGAUGUAGUAUCUGUAGCAUGUAGAUAAGGUUUCUUGAAUAUUCUGCGUGAGUUUUCUUCAAAAAAAUAUUUGAUUAACCUAAUAUGUAGAUACUUAAUAAUAAUUUAUUAUACUUGAGUAAUUUAAGUAACUGUAAUUGAGUCAAUAAUUAAGUUAUUAUUUUUUUUAAGUUAGAUUUAGAUAUUGAAGAUUCUAGUCAAAAAUGUUUCUAGUCAUUUUAUACUUUUAUAAUAAAC